AUCACUGUCAAGACGCUCACGCGACGUGUCUUUUUGUUCGAGGUGACGGCCGCGAUGACCGUCUACAACCUCAAGGAGCAGAUUCGUGACGCGUGCGGCAUGCCAGAGGAGCAGCAGCGCCUCAUAUUUGCGGGAAAGCUGCUGGAUGAGCAGUUUGAGCUUCGAAAGUACAAUGUGUGGCGCGGCGCGGAGCUGAUCUUGAUGCCACAAUUGGAGUGGCAUGCGAUCCCCCCG